GACUUAGAAGGCCGUAUCACUCCCCUCGCUACGUCAUCUUACGUCACGAUGAGGAGACCUCUUGCGACUCGUAGCCUUGACCUUUGACUGAUAUGUUCACGAGCUCUCAGUAGUCUUGGUGUGACCGUUCGCCAUUGCUGUAUUUUUGUAUCUCCUGUAGAAAACGUUUUUCUCUUCCUUUUGUUUUACGCUUACGUUUUGGAUUAAACACUCAUCAUGCCAGCUAGAUGUUGCGUCCUUGGAUGUAAAGGAAACUACAAAGGACAGCCCAAAGUGUCAAUUUUUCGUUUCCCGAGGGAUCCACAUCUUCGAAAGAAAUGGAUAAUGGCGAUCCAUCGAGAAAACUUCCAGCCUACGAAAGCUUCUAGGGUCUGUGAGCUUCAUUUUGCUGCAUGUGACAUCGAAAGAGUUUCAGAAAUCUACGAUGAAAGAACUGGCAGAAAAGUGACAGCAGUUUUACAGCAUCCUCGUCUAGUAUGCAAUGCUGUUCCUGGAAAAAUUGAAAUCAGAAGUUUUGAUAUAGAUAAUAUUGACCUCAUUAAUACUGACAAGAAUUUUAUUAGUGCCUUCUGUACGUUACAAGUAACUCAAAAUGAACUGGAUUCUAUUAAUGUAAUGCCACUCAUAACAUAUCUCGCUGGAUAUUGCGUAUAUAGAUUUCUGAAGACUGUGAAAUGUGAGUAUUGUCGGGAAACCUAACUUUAGACAAAACUUUGGAAUUGGAUGAAGAAUAUCGUUUCAUACUGAAUAUGGACCGAGGCGGAUUGCUAUGUCCACAACCAAAUGUAAUAACUGUCGUAUCUCAUAUACCUAUAUUGUAGUCAAAAUAUUAGUAUCUGAAGAACAUGAAGACAAUUUUUUAAAGGUACGCAAUCAGCGAUCUCUUGCAUGGGCAUUAACGUAUCAAAUUUUAAUAGACGGUGAAUGCAUAACCUAUGACCAAUGUAAUAACCUUAGAAAAUAUUCUAAAUUUUGUUAUAAAAGCAUCAUGCAAUA